AGCAAUCAAAGCGGUCUUCAGUAAACAAUGCCGCUACACUAUGCUACGUUAGCUAUACUAAUACUGUUUUUCAGUUAACUGUUGGCAGUACGGAUUAACAAUGGCUCUUAGUAAGUUUCUUCAGUGAGUGAUGUGAAACGAAUCCAAAAACAAAGCUGACGAAGUCUUCUCCUGAAGACAAUCGGGAUAACUUGGUUCUCUAGUUAGCAAUCACGGCUUUAAAGCCAAGCUGAUAGCAAACAAGCUAAUAUAUUGCAGAUAGCGGAACAUAUCCUAAUACAGUAAAGCGUACGGGCGAGGUCAGUUAGAUCGAUGAAUAUGUGCUUACUUCAGAGGAUACGUAAAUUUGCUUUUGAAAACUUGCCGCACUAGUAAGUCUCUCAAAACAGGCAUCCUCUCAUGCGAUACUAACGUUACAGUGUUGCGAGCAUCGAUACAAAAAACAGGAUGAAGACCCGUUCCCACUCGCCACCCAUUCACGUCCAUGUUCCCGAAUCGACCGCCUUGCAUGUUCACCUGAGGAGGGGUCAAAGUUGCUCUGCCUCCCAGUUGGUCCAGAAUGAAAGGCCGGGGAUUCUACGGGCCACUGCUAAGGUGAGGGCCAGGGUGCCCUGGAUACCGCCGGGGAAGAGCACCGCCCCUCGGGAUCAGUACAAGUGGGAGGGUUCCUCCCACUGUUUGGAGAUCACUCCUGUCCCCCCGUCCGACGCCGGCUCCUCCCCGCUGAAGCUAGCCGACCUGUCCAGAGAUGACCGAGGGGAGGAGGGAAGAAGUGACGGCAGGAGCAAAUAUGACCGGAGGGCGGACUCGCUCAUGUCUGAGGGGGACCCACUGAUGAGAAAGGUGAAGCUGCAGGAGAAGAGGCACCUGCUGGAGCGCCAGUCGGAGCACCUGAGCGCCUGCCAGCGGCUGAUUGGCGUGCAGGAGGAGCAGCUGGCCGAGGCCAGCAAGGAGCUGGAGGAGUCCAGGAGAGCCAACACGGACCUCAGGCGCUCCCUGGAGCACAUGCAGGACCACACAGAGCACAGGGCGGAGGGUGAGGGUGGAGCGCAGGAUGGGCAGGGGGACGUGGACGUGCUGCUCCGGACGCUGGUGGAGGCCGAGAUCGACGGGGAGGCAGCGGCCAAGCAGGUGGCAGCUCUGCGGGAUCUGGUCGCUCAGCUGAAGCAGGAGAAGAAGCUGUCCAGGCCGGACGCUGCCCUGCUGGGGAAGCAGCAUGAGGUGCUGGUCAAGAGGCUGGAGGCGUUCGAGAGCACCAACCGCACCCUCCGACAACUCCUACGGGAUCAGCACGGCCGAGAGACGGACGCGAUGCGGAAGUCGGACGAGAGGGAGGUGCUUCUGAAGAGACUGGCCGAGUCUGAAGCUGAGAAGAUGAGGCUGGAGGCUAAACUCAGCACCAAGAUGAGAGAGGCCAAUCAGAUAGCAGAAACCCUGGAAGGGGAGAAGGACCUUGCAAAAGGCUCCAGAUACCUGUCCAAGGCUCUUGAGACGACCCACGGCCACCUGCAGAAGCAGCUACGCAAAAAGGAGGCCGAGAACAACCAGCUGGGAGCACAGAUUGAGGCGAUGGAGGGCACCCUGCAGAAGCAGCAGGUGGAGAUGCAGGGUCUUCAGGAGCAGAUCCGGGAGCUGCAGCGCCACCAAGAGGUGGACCAGGAAGCGCUGCGGCAGGCCGGCCAAUCACAGAGGCAGAGGGCGGAGCAGAGUGAGGGCCACGCCUCCCGGCUCACCACACAGCUGCAGGAGACGGAGGCCCAGCUGGCCGACGCCCUGUCCAGCGCUGAGGAGCUGCGCUCGCGCCACACCAAGGAGCUCCGGGACAGGAAGCAGCAGGACCUGGAGCUGCUCGCCCUCAGGAACCGUGUGAGUGAGCUGACAGACGAGCUGCAGGCAUCAGGCGAUAAGUUCCGUGUGGAGAAGGAGGGCCUCCUGGACCGCCUCCAUCGCCUCACCUCCGAGUCCUCCGCCACCCGCCUGGAGAACCAGAGACUCAAGACCACCCUCUCUGGGGCGGAGGACAGGCUGAGUGUGUCCCAGUCGGAGCUGCAGCAGCUGAAGAGCACCAUCAGGGACUUUGAGAACCUGGUGGACGGAUACAAGACUCAGGUGCAGAAGACGCGUCAGGAGUCGGAGGAGUACCGGGCGCGGCUGGAGGGGAGUGAGCGGGAGGUGAGGGGGCUGCGUGCGGAGGGCGAGCGGGAGGUGGAGCAGGUGAGGAGGCGCGUGCGGGAGCUGGAGCCGCUCGGGGAGGCGCUGCGGAGGAGCGAGGAGCAGCUGCAGGAGGCGCGCGAGCAGGAGGAGAAACACCGCAGGAGGAGCGCAGAGCAGAGCCAAGCACUGGGGGAGAUCAGACUCAAGGUGGAUCAGCAGGUGAGCCGAAUAGAGACGCUGCAGGAGAAGAACCUACUGCUGCUGGAGGAGAACAAACACCUCAAACGCUCUGUGGACACUAUGGAGAGGCGUGUGGAGGAGGCCAACAGCAGGAGCGCUGAGCUGCAGGAGGCGCUGUCCCAGAGGGAGGAGAGGGUGAGGAGCUCCCAGCAGCGUGUGGAGGAGCAGAGCCGAGAGAACCAGCUGCUCUGCAGGCAACUGGAGGAGGCGCGCGGGGAGGCGCACAGACAGGUUGGGCAGAGUCUGGACCGUGCGUUGACCAAAGAGCGGGCGGUGCAGGCCAAAGCCCUGGAGCUGGAGACACAGCUGAACGUGGCCAAGUCUGAGAUGAACCAGCUGCGCCGCUGCAAAGACGAGAUGGAGCGUCGUAUGCAGGGUCGGGUGGAGGAGCUGAGGAAGAAGCUGGAGGAGUCCGACAGCACCAACCGCAGCCUGCAGAGCUACGUCCACUACCUCAAGGCCUCCUACACCAACGUGUUCGGAGACUCCUUCCUGACCAGCACGGCGCACACACACAUCUGACCGGUGCUCACCGGUGCCCACCGGAGACGACGUGCCCUCUCCUCCUCCUCCUCCUCUCCUCUCCUCCUCCUCCUCUCCUCCUCCUCUCCUCCCCUCCUCUCCUCUCCUCCUCCUCUCCCCUCCUCCACGGCCCACACACACAUCUGACCGGUGCCUGCCGGUGCUCACCGGAGACGACGUGGACGUUAAAGCGCUGAUCAUGGACUCCAGCACCUCAUAUUACUGUUUUUAAUAAAGAUGACUGAACCGAGGCCUGUAUGCCUAAACGGGUUUUAUGAAGUUGAAAUGAUUUAUGAAAUACGUGUGAGAUUGUGCACAGAACAUACACUCUUAAAAUGAAUGUUGAAAACAACACCUUUCUGUGUCCAGAUAGCGACAACACAGUUUGUGUUGUUUCCAACACAUUGCUUUUGUUAUUUGUUACACAUUAUGUGUUGAAAAUAACACAACUUGUGUUGUUUUUAACACAUUUCUGUGUUCAGAUAGGGACAACACAGUGUGUUAUUUCCAACACAUUCAUUUUGAGAGUAUAGGAUUUUAUCAUGUCAUGGUGCUAUGUGUCCAUCUGAAGACCAGCUGAUCCUCGGUUAAGAACAGCCGGCUCUGUAAUGGAUCUGGGCCUGCCGUCGUAUUGAUCCUCUUGAUCUGGAGUAGGAUCUGGAUUGAGAUUUGGAUCUGAGCUCGUUCCCAUUAAAGUCCGAUGGCGUCCAGCCCUGGCCCCCUGGAGGGUGCUGUUAUGACUGAUGUAAGUUAUCAAUUGUCUGUACUAGUUAUAAA